AUGAUCAGAUUGUUAUUGAUCACAUUGUUGACACUGAUGAGCUUGGCCUCAGAGUGCCAGGGUCAGGGCGUGUUUGUCAACUUGACACCUUAUGGCCAGGACAUCAACUGCACUAGUGUCAAUGCUGGUGAAGGUGGCCCUGGUUACUCAUUCAUGGCCAACACUUGUAUCGAUUGGAAUGGUGGCAUGGGCCUCAAGGUUAGUGUGUUUGGUCUGAUCGCCACAUUCCAAUAUUAUGAAGAUGGCAACGUCCAUUGCACUGGAGAGCCCACCACCAGCGUGGCCUACAAGCAUGGUCAGUGCAGUCUGUUCAACGACUCGUCACUCAUUCAACUGCCUGGACAGCAACAACAACAAAUGGGCUAUGUUGUGAUGGCCCUGGACGACACGACCAACCCCAAGCCUCCCUUCAAUCAGAACGGACUGCUCAUCACACAGUACCAGCCGACCGACACAUUGUGCGCUCAGCCAUACCUCAGCUACAUAUACUUGGCCAACAACACGGUAUUGUCCAGUGCGCCAUAUACCUACACCUUUUACUGCAGCGGCGAGGACUCGCAGCCCUAUGAAACCCAUUGCGAUCAGACCACGGGUGACUGCACCACAAAGAGUCUAGCACAGUCCUGUCAAGCAACUUCAUCGUCCACGGGCUACGCCACUCAGACAUGUUGA